CAGUCAUCAUCGCAACCAAAAAUGUGCACUCUCUCGGCGCCGAUGCUGAUGGCGCGGCCGAUCCUGGUGACGAUUCCAGACUUCUUGGGCCAUGGAAUCCAGAUGCUUCCUGCCGAAAUGUUCCUUUCGUCUCCAUGGGGUGGAUCCUUUAACGUUCUCCGCUUCCGAUACGACGCCCACCGACAAACUCUGCAGGAAUCUGGACAAGAUUUGCUGGGCGUGCUUCACGACAUCAAGCCCAUCUCGGGGUUGGAACCCAGCUACAUCGUCACGCACGGCUAUGGCGCAUUAGUGCUUCGAGAAGCGCUACGGUGCAUUGACUGGCAUGACGUUCGAACCAGACUGGUCAUGGUGGCGCCGCCAAAUCGAGGGUACAUACAAAGAAUACUGUUAAAACCAACGUGGUGUUUCACGGCAAAUGUCGCGAGAAGUGAACUGCUGACGCUUCAAGAUUUCGACCUGGACAUGCGGCUCGGCAAACUUCCCCGGCGGACAUCUUCGCUGGUGGUCGCCGGAGCUCUCCCGCUCCACAGGUCCCAUGCUCCUCCCUCCGAUGGAGUGGUUUCCGUGGCGCAUACCCACAUGCCUGGAGAGUACACGCACAUGAUUCUGCCAGCACCACAUAAUCUCAUCAUGGCCCAUCCAGCAACCCUUCGACUUGCUCGAGAUUUUCUGUUGGGCUAACGACAUAAACGAUACGUUUCUACGUGGGAUGUUUUAAGGAACAACACCACCACUGUCGUAUUCUCGGCAUCCAAACCAGUACACACA